GUGCCGCGGAACCGAGACUACAAUUGUUGGCGAUGAGGAUCUUGGUGUGAUCGAUUUUGGCACUCAGUAUACGACUCAGUCUAUUACGAAGGAACUCGUUCUUAAGAACUCAGGAAGGAAGACUAGGACUGUGACUUGGCUGGUCCGUGGAGAGAUGGCAAGAGAGAAGGCAUUGAAACAGCUUAUAAAGGAUGGGGUUGAUCUAGGGAAGGCCAAGUUACCGGUGGUUCCCUAUACGAUCUAUCCGAGAACAGCUACUCUAGCGAGCAAUACCGGAUAUAGAUUUACCGUUACAGCAUGCAGCUCGGUGCAGGGCCUCGUAGAAGACGUUGCGGAGUGCAUUGAGUGUGUUGGUGCUAAUGACAAGAAAGGGAAGAUGAUUUACCAGCCAACUUUGAAGACCAAUUUCGUCGCUCCGCUUUUACAUGUAUCGGAAAGCACUGUACGGUUCCGUUACGUGUGGAGUAGAGAUGAGAAGGAGACUAGUAUGAUGACGCAUCCACUAGCGAUGACCAACACCUCUCCUUUACCUAUAAGCUUCCAAGUUAAGGCCGUGGCGCCUUUCUACAUCAGGAUGCCUUCUAAUGAGAGAGCUGCGAAUCUGGGAGGAUUUGUCAGCUUGGACCCUAAGGCUACGGUGACAGUCGAGGUGGACUUUGACCCAUCCUAUAAGGUCGAUCGUCAGAGUGCAGUGAUGAAGCAGAAGCUAUCAAUAACAUACCGGGACCACCCUCAGAACGAUCAGGUCGAGGCGGUGGGAGAGGUCGUAUUCCCUAACUUGUCAUUCGAUAAAGCCGAUAUUGAUUUUGGAGCUGUGUUCAACCACGCAGUGACCGAGGUGGCGGUCCGAGUGACCAACACGACGGAGGUGCCCUGCGAGUACAGCUGGGAAUUCAUCAUAGUGGAGGACUCGGCCAAGUCCACUGAUGAGCUCGUGAGGGUAGCCCCUAACGAAGAGUUCGACAUUCAGCCGAUCGCUGGGUCCAUCUUGGCCGAUGCCACUGAGACAGUAUACUUCCGCUUUAACGCGAUCCCUGAUCGGCGCUGCGAGGCUGUUGCGAGGUGCAACGUUGUGGGUGGUCCGAGCUACGAUAUCAAGCUUCGAGGGCAAGCCUCUGAUCUUGCUUAUCGCAUUGAUAGAACUCAUCUCGAAUUCGGUGAUGUUCAGUUCGACGACUUCGCCGAGCAAGAGCUGAUGAUAUUUAACAAGGGCUGCGUGCCUGUAUUCUACAGCGUAGAUCUAGGAGGUAUGGGGAGGAGGGUGCUAGUGGUAACUCCCGAGACAGGGAAGAUCUGUGGCGAUGGCAAAGCUGCAUUGAAAAUUAAGUUCUUGCCGGGCGUUCCUUCGGAAAUCUCUGAGGCUUUUUUGAUACGAGUAUCGCAUUUACCUGCGGUGACUGUGACCAUUCGAGGCCGCGGGGUGUACCCAGCUGUGGUGUUGAAUUUGCCGCGAUCCAACGCGGAGGAGCAUGCGAGGAAAAUGACGGACAUCGCAGAGGAGAUCUCAGUGGACGUUCCUCUGACGGCUACACCAUCCAAGGGGCCUUCGCGUUGGACAAGUUUCGCGACCUCUGAAAGUGCUAUGAUAUCUAAUACGUCCGAAUUGGCGAAUCUGAGAAGCUCUGCAGCGGCCCAAAAGAACAAACCAGUUGCGCCCACGGUGGCCUCCUCUACUAUGAGCCGUAAGGGACCGUCUCAUGGGACGGUCAGCGCACCGCCGCAUACAGUAGUGCCGUUGAGUCACCAUGCGCUGAAGUGCGCAGUCGAAGUGGACAGAAGAAGCCUUCGUGACGCCUUGAUAGUUCUCGAGACUGCACAGGGCGAGUCGACGUCUGUGGCUCCAAUCAGUCGCAAGAGGACUCGAGAGUUAACUGGGCAGACUGUGGCUGGGAGUUAUGUUUGUGACUUUGGCGAUAUUGUCUUGGGUCAUAGUCGUCGGCAGCCUUUUACGGUAUAUAACUGUCAUACUUCUGAAGUCUUGUUGUCUAUCAACCGAAAGGAGCUCAUGGACGCGGGCUUCUUCGUCACCCCGGAACCCGUUGGAAGCAUUGCAUCAGGAGGGACUUUGAGUAUGGCGAUUAUAGCAGAGUUGCCCAAGGAAGCUGAGGAGGGUACGAGGGAACUGCUGUGGAAGCUGCCUAUACGGGACGGACCGAGUUAUGCUAUUCAUAUCAAAGCUCGCCACGAGGUCCCACAGCUUACACUACCUGUCAGCAGAGUUGACUUUGGAAAAGUCGUUGUCGGGCAGCGGGCGAAGCGCUACCUGCGACUGGUCAAUGACAAGCAUGUUCCAGUCGAGUGGUCGUACCGAGUGCCGCCGAAGUCUGGCACUCCUCCUCUGCCAUGGAAGCUCCCCUUCGGGAUGACUCAGACCUUCGGGGUACUUGAACCUGGCCAAGACUCUAUUGUGGAAAUAUGUUUCACGCCCAAUGCAGUGGGAGCCUUCGAGGAGAAGUUAGCAUUACGCAUUAAGGACAAUAAGCACCCGGUUGUCAUAUAUCUAUGCGGCUUUGGGAGUGCUCUGGAAGUCAACGUUACGCCUUCAUCCUUCUUCCAGCUUGGUCCCAUCUUGCCCUACCAGAGCGAUCCGCCUUGUCGCCAGGAGAUGGUUCUUCACAAUCCCACCGAGUAUCCAAUUGAGAUAUACAGCUUGGAGUUCGACAGGGAAUAUAUUACUGAGGCGAAGAUGCUCAGUGAGUAUGAUGGCUAUGAUGAACACGGCAUUGCGGAGAUGCCGUUGAAGGAAGUGGGGACACCAAUAUGGCGCCGCAUAGCUCAGCACGUCGAGCGCAUCAGAUCCCAGGCCGCCCAAGAGGGCGAG